AAUCGAAGUUGGAACUUCCCCAGCUUGGGGUACCUAAUUCGCCGAACAUCUGUUCUCAUGACCAUGAUAGGUUAUCCCGCAGAUUCUCCGUGCUUGUGUUCUCAGAGCCAUUUGUACCUGUAUGAACGGGCAUAAAAACCGGACGGACCCUGAGGUUGGGUUAGGCCUUACCCACCUGCGUUUUCACCACGAUGGGGCUAUUCUAUCAUGUUUUCAUAGCCGCCUUCUCAUCUAUUGGUGCUUUUCUAUUCGGAUAUGACAGUGGGAUUAUUUCAUCCGUCAUAACAAUGGACAAGUAUUUGGACAGGUUUGGAAGCGAUGCAGACAUCACAGGAGCAGUAGUUUCUACGUUUAACGGUGGUUGCUUUUUUGGGGCCAUGCUUGCGGGAUGGGCGAGUGAUAAGAUAGGAAGGAAACGUUCUAUUCAGCUGGGAUCCGUCUUUUCGAUGUGGGGAAGCGCGAUGCAGUGUGGAGCAAGUAAUGUCGCCACGCUCCUUGUCGGGCGUAUAAUAGGCGGAUUUGCUAUAGGGAUACUCUCAAUGACUGUGCCUUUGUACAAUACUGAAAUAGCGCCCCCGAAGAUUCGUGGGCUGCUUGUUGGCUGCACUCAGCAACUGAUCGGAUUUGGAUUUAUUGCCGCUAACUGGGUCGGUUACGGUUGUCAGUUCAUUGAUUCGGAUGUUAGCUGGCGUUUGCCUUUGGGGCUUCAACUUGUACCAGCGGCUUCGCUCUUCAUUGGAAUACAGUUCUUGCCGUUUAGCCCUAGAUGGCUUUUAGAAGUUGGCCGAGACGAUGAGGCACGCGAAGUAGUGUACAAGCUCUAUGGCGCCGAAACCCCAGAACUGAAGGAGAAGGCGGACAAGGAAUACUCGGAGAUGUAUGACACCAUCAAAGCCGAAGUGUUUGUACGAAGCAGGAAUAUCAAGGACCUGUUUGCCACGUCUGCGAUGACUCGGCGAACGUUGGUUGCCUGUGGCGUACAGAUAUUCGGGCAGUUCACGGGUAUCAAUGUCAUCAAUUACUUUGGCCCACGAAUGUACGAAAGUUUGGGUAUCACCGGAAACGACAAACUUCUUAUACAAGGCAUCUACGGAGCUGUUGGACCCAUUGCCAACUUCUUCUUCAUCGUUUUCAUUCUGGAUCUGGUUGGGCGGAAAAAGCCUCUUCUAUUUGGAGCCGGAAGUUUUGUUUGCACGUUCUCUAUCCUCGCUGCGAUUGUGGCUACCAAUCCGCCUACUCCUGAGGACAAUCCUAACGCAUGGCCGGUGAACCACAAUGCUCAGAGAGCCGGAAUCGCUAUGAUUUUCUUGACCAGUAUCGUUUUUUCACUGAGCUUCGGGCCCGUUAGUUGGGUCUUGGCUUCAGAAGUAUUCCCCACUCGCGUUAGGUCAAUUGGAACAAGUGUCGCCACAUGUUGCAAUUGGGCUUUCAACGUCCUAUUCAGUCAAGUCUCCACACUAGCUUUGGAAGAUAUCGGCUGGAAGUACUAUAUGGUUUUUGUCUGCCUCAACUUUGUCGAGUUCUUCGUCAUCCUAUUUCUGUUUCCAGAAACUAAAGGAAAAACACUAGAGGAGAUGAACGAAGUAUUUGGUGACAAGAUAGAUUCACGCAAAGUCCUCGAUGAUCAUCAUAUGCCAUCUGGUGACGAUAAGGAUCAUCACGUUGAUUUUGAAGAGAAAUUGACAGUAGCUCACUAACGUCUGAAGUGUACAUGUUUCCUAAUGAAAAUGAGAUAAUUUUGUUCAUCACCUUG